GAAAAUGCUUAAAAAGUCUUUGCAGACUCUUUCAUUAGUUAACAAACAUUUGAAUUCGUAUUUGACCUCAAAAUAUAGUAACUUUAGUUAGGCUGCUACUGAGAAAAACUAAAACAUAUUUUGACAUCUUCUCCAUGUGUGAAAUAAAAUAUCCGAGAAGACCAUGCGUCGCUCAGCUGCCAAAUCACGCCGCACUGAUUCUGUCCCAGGUAAUGCUGCUUCGGUCCAGCCGGUUGAGACCGUGGACAUCGUCCCGGGACGCCUUACAGAGUCCACUUGGAGCAGCAUGCUCUCCCAGGAGGAGGGCGAGGAGGUGGUGGUGGAUAUCAUAGCAGAACUGAUGGAAGACGUGAUGGAUAGAUGCUAUCAGGAGUAUCUACAAAGACAGUUGAUACCCUUCUCGGUGUGGUGGGCACAAAAUAACCUGGUGGAGACACUAGAAUGUCUUCUCCUGAGAAGAGAUGAAGGGGAUGAUCCAGAGCAUGAACUGUUUUGGCAAGAGGAUCAAGAGCCCCAGCCCUGUGAGACUGAUUCUUGGGCUGAAGGAUCUGUUCCUGUGCUUCAUGCUGCUCAGGAAUAACACAUGGUUUAUGUGACAUCCCAAACAGCCUGAAGUGAAAAGACUGGUGGACCAGACAGAGGAUUGUUAUGACUGAAACCAAAUUAAUUUGUCAUUUGUUAACCCAGAAACUGAAUUAAAUAUUUAUAUUAAU